AUGUUUCAAUUCUCAAAUUUGGUCCAAAAGGCUCAGUCGUUUAUUGAUCCGGCCAACUUCAACCUACCGACGAUCUCCUCCACCGACCGCAACCCCUCCAAGGCCUCUCUUUUCCGCCAACAGUUCCGCCUUCCAGACUCUCAGAAUCCUCUACAGGAAAUCACUGCUGAUUUAAUCCUCCCAAUCGCCCGCGGCGGCUCAUCGAAUACCCAAGAUGAACGCUCCCGCGAAGCCGAUCGGGCUGGAAACCGAUAUACCGGUCGCCUACAUUUAAGUGAACGGUUUUUGUGUUUUUCCACCCAGCCAACCAGCUUCAUACCCUCCGCUAGCCACAGUGCAUCAACGACAUUUACCGGACAAACCCACGGAACUGGUCCCUCUGGAAAUGGGUUUACGAUUCCCCUGUGCUCUAUUCGCCGUGUGGAACGACUCAACAGUCUCAGUCAUGUUUUCUCCCUCGCAUUGACAACUUGGAAUGGUGCGCUAGGGAAACAAUCCAUCAAAGAUGCUUCGUUUACUCCCCAGCGGUUUACUCUUCAGUUAGUUGGAAGCAGGCAGGCUUGCGAGCGCUUCUGCGAUGGAUUGAAGAAAGUGCUGAGAGAGAGUAUCAAGGAGAUUGAUAAUCUACGAGCUGUGGUUUUGGAUGAAUAUUCUGAAUACCUUCUUACAACGCCUCCAAAAGGCAAAGAGGAGUCUGAUACGGCGUCAAGACAGCUACCAGAUGCGGGACUUGGGAUGGUCUUCAGAUAUCCCGGAGAUGCUCGCAAACUUCGAGAUAGGAGUAAGAUGCGAUUGUGGGCAGAGUAUUUUAGAGAAAACGGACGCAAUGCAACGCUUCUCCGUCAACCGACUUUCCAUAAGCUCAUUCGCGUGGGCUUGCCAAAUCGUUUGAGAGGGGAAAUUUGGGAGCUAGCCUCAGGCUCUCUUUACCUGCGAUUGAGAUCUCCUAAGCUAUACGAAGACACACUGACUAAAUUCUCGGGACGCGAAUCUUUAGCCAUUGAUGAGAUCGAGAAGGAUCUGAAUCGUAGUCUUCCGGAGUAUCCGGGCUUCCAGAGCGAGGAGGGUAUUGGACGUCUACGGAGGGUAUUGACCGCUUAUAGUUGGACUAAUGAACAAGUCGGCUACUGCCAGGCGAUGAAUAUAGUGGUUGCAGCCUUGCUAAUAUAUAUGUCGGAGUCACAGGCAUUCUUUUUGCUAUCUGUGCUUUGUGAUCGACUUCUUCCUGGAUACUACUCGACAACGAUGUACGGCACGCUACUGGAUCAAAAGGUGUUUGAAUCCCUGGUCGAAAAGACCAUGCCUAUUCUCUGGGAACAUCUCGUCAAGUCUGACGUACAGCUAUCCGUGGUAUCUUUGCCAUGGUUCCUUUCUCUCUAUAUAAAUUCAAUGCCUCUGGUAUUUGCCUUUAGGGUUCUAGAUGUGUUCUUUCUCGAAGGGCCGAAAGUUCUUUUCCAAAUUGGGCUGGCUAUCCUGCGCAUCAAUGGCGAAGAGCUUUUAGAUGUGCAAGACGAUGGCUCUUUUAUCUCGAUACUCAAGUCAUACUUUGCACGUUUAGACGAAUCAGCGCAUCCACGUUCAGAGAAUCCGAAACUCAGAGCCAUUACCCGGUUUCAGGAACUCAUGGUGGUAGCUUUUAAGGAGUUCUCGGGCAUCACCCACAAUUCCAUCACAGAGCAACGUACCAAACAUAAAGAUGCAGUAUUAGAAAACAUCGAGAACUUCGCCAGACGAACAUCCAUACGAAACCUCGGCCCAGAGAGUAAAAGGUUGAGUAUGGAUGAUCUUGGGGCGAUUUACGACCGUUUUUACGAAGUCCUCUAUGACCGGGAGCAAAGAGAAAAACUACUUUCGGAAGAGAAAAAGAAGCUGGAGAAGAAGAAGGUCGAACGGUAUUCCGUCCUUGGGCCUCCAGUUGAUGCCGAAGUUGGACGUGUUGGCCUUGGCCCAAGUCCAACUCACAUGGACUACGAUGCAUUCAGAGGAUUCUUAGCCGAGACAGCAAAAUGGGCUAUUGCAGAUUCCCCUGGUCAGUCGAGAAAACAAUCUACAUCCGAAAAGGACCGUAAUAUGGCAAAUAAUGGAAGUGUCCGCGGCCGGAGUGCAUCGAGUACUAAAUGGGGCGAUAGAAUAGAGCCUGCAGACCAUGAAUUCAUGCAACGCUUAUAUCGCAAGUGGAACACUGAGGGUGCCGAAAGCUUAAGUCUGCAGGAUGUUGUGGUUGGGCUGGCGAAAUUAAAAGGCACGCGCGAUAUCAUGAACUCGAUCAAUUACUUCUUCGAUCUAUAUGAUGAUAGUGGAAACGGUCAGGUUGACCGAGAGGGUAUCUUAAGAAUUUCCGAAGCCUUACUGUUCCUAUCAAGAAGGGGUUUUGAUGGAGCUCUCACCCCGAGUGAAACGGAGGAUAUUGCGGAUCCCAGUCUUCCACUUGAGCAACGGGACAAGGUAAAGCUUAGUGUCGACGAACGGUUUCUGGGGAGCGUCAGUGCAUUCAUUCGACGGUGUUUUGAAUAUGCCGACCCGAGCCAUCCUCAGAAUCAAAACCAUGGCAGUGCUACGGAUGGAAGUGAUAAUGCUGCCGCAAAAUUGGACGCAUUUACGAUUGGCGAUGAUGAGGACGACGAAGACCUUAUCGAAGUGGAUGAGAAGAAAGAGCCGGAGAAAAUUUCUCCGUCAGAUGCACAGCCGACGGCUACUUCGCCAACUUCCUCUCGCCAAGAAUCAGCGAAUGCUGCUCUUGAUCCAAACAACCCGCUGCACAUAACGCUCCCUACAUUCCGGAUGGUGAUUCUGGCGGAUGAGCUUUUGGAACAGUUUUUCGAGACGUUUUUCCCACAGUCGUUCCGUCUAUCGGACCGUCCUAACCCUGCUUCUUUGGCACCAACCUCGUCGCUCUCAUCCAACUUGACCACAUUUACUAACCUUGGAGCAGCGCGCUCAACGUUCAGUUCUAUUUCAGGCGCAACUGCUGCAGGUGCAUCUGGUGGUAUCGUUCCUCCGAACAAGGGCCUUCGUGGCGUGCUUGACAAUAUUGUGUCGGAUGGAAUGCGUAUGGCAGCAGAGGUACGCAAGAGAAUGGAGGAGGCACAGCGGGAGAUGGAACGAAAUGCGUUGAACCGAAAUGACGAGGACGAAGACGAAGAGGACGAAGAUGGCCGCAGUCUAGGCUCGUCGGCGACAAUGGUCGGCGGUAUUUCUAGCUGGGGAGCGGGUGCAUAUGGCAUCGACCCCGAGCGACGCAGUGUCCGUGAGCGAGACCGGGAUCUUCUCGAAGGCGCCGAAGCAGCCUCUGUCCCGGACGGCAGAGAUACACAUCAGCCGUCCCACCCUGGCGAGUCUAUACAACCGCAGUCGUCGUCUGCUUCCAGGCAGUCAGCCGAGGACGAUGUGACCAAGGUUGAGUUUGACUCAUAA